UCCUUUUGCUAUGGAGCAUGCAGCGUCCACAGCCCCCAGGCCAGGGGCUCCACAUCAGGCCAUUGAGAAUGUUGUGCUCCAACCUGAGAACUGGCAGCAAGGAGUUCCUAGGGGCCUCCCAGCAUGGGCCACCAGCCUUGAGACAGAGCUUAUGUCAGAUCUUGAGCUGAGUGAGGAGCAGCGGCUGCAGAUCUCCAAAGAGCUGGUUGACAUUCAGAUCACAACCCAUCGCCUACAAGAACAGCACGAGGCUGAAAUCUUCCAGCUGAAGAGUGAGGUCCUUUGGCUAGAAAACCGGGUGCUAGAGCUGGAGCUGCAUGGAGAUCAUGCCAGCAAGGCGCAUGCACCCCCAGCAGAGGCUGACCUAGGGCACCACCAAGCACCAGCCCAAGAGCUCAAGCACAAAGCCCAGAGCCCUAGAUGUGCCAACCACCACAGAUUCCAGUUUCAGAGAAACAAGGAGCAGCUGCAGGGAGAAGUGGAUUGGGCACUGGGGCAUCACAAGGCCCGGCAGCAGGUGCUGGAGUCACAUGUGGCAGCCCUGAGCUGGCAGCUGCAGCAAGCCCAAGAUGAGGCCAGGGCAGCUGGACAGAGACUAGCUGCACAGGCUGUGGUGCUGUCUACCUGCCAGGGCCAGCUUCGCCAAGUUGAGGCUGAGAACUCCCGGCUGCAGCUGCAGCUCAAACAGCUGAACAAGGAGUACGCCUUCCGGCUGCAGCACUGUGCUAGAAAGAUGGUGGAGUAUGCCAAUGGUGCAGGCCAGGCACCUGUACGCACAGCCCUUCGGACAUUCCUGGAGGCCACUCUGGAAGACAUUAGGGCAGCACACCACAGCCGUGAGCAACAGCUGGCCCGGGCUGCUCGCACCUACCGCAAGCAGCUAGCAGAUCUGAACCAUAGGCAAGAGGAACUGCUGACCCCCCACAGGGGCCUGGAUGCUGCAUCCUGGUCCCAGAUCCACCAGAAACUCCAGAACUUCUCCCUUGGCACUCAGGCAGAGCUGGAGCAGGAGAGGGCACAGCUGCUGGUUCGGGCCACAGUAGCUGAGAAGCAACUUUCUGAGCUACAGGAGUACGUGGACCAGCAUCUAGGCAGAUACAAACAGGAAAUCCUAAGGCUGAGGAAGCUGGCAGGUGCAAGGGACCCCUGGACAGCUGGGGCCACACCCCCAGCCAAACCCCAACAUCUGAGGACAUGCAGCCACUAGCUGGUCUUCCAGUGAGCACAGAGGAGACUCCUUUGCAGCCAACAUGGAGCCCUCCUACCCAACCCUCUGCAAAACAAGAGUCA